GCGCACCUGUCGCCGGCCACCCGGGGCGAGGCCGAGGCAGUCCCGGAAUCGCACCCGGGUGCCUCGGGGCGACGCCUGUCCCGGCCUAGAGAUUGCCCCUAGAGUGCUCCCUCCGAGAGCCUGGCUGCCGACUCUGUCCCUCCUACACCCACCUGCCCUCCAGCUUGUGUGUGCAGGAAUCACUUGCUCAGACCUGUUGCGGCUUCUCCCACCCACAUCUUGAAGAACUUAGCCACAACUUCUGCAUUGCUCUCACUUCCCAUCCGAGCUUCGUCGCCUUCUGCCACACUUGAGAAAGCUGUGGGGAGUAGAAUUGUCUCCCCUGGGAUCACUAAUAAAGGCCUUCAGGGGAGGUCAUGAUUAUUUGCUUUGGAGUUUCGAAGGCAAGACGACGGAGGGGGGAUUAGGGCGCUCCAGCAAAGAGAAAUUGGGCCAGAGACAUCGUGAAGGGAUUGCUGACUGCAGCCAUAAGCCAGGCACCUGUCAUCCUCAUGUACUGGGCAGCGACUGCCAGGCGCCUCUCAGUGGACACCUGGGACCUGCCUGUGUUAUCUGACAAGAGAUGUGGUAUGGCGUGUUCCUGUGGGCACUGGUGUCUUCUGUCUUCUUCCAUGUCCCGGCUGGAUUACUGGCCCUCUUCACCCUCAGACAUCACAAAUAUGGUAGGUUCAUGUCUGUAGGCAUCCUGCUGAUGGGCAUCGUGGGACCAAUUACUGCUGGAAUCUUGACAAGUGCAGCCAUUGCUGGAGUCUACCGAGCAGCUGGGAAGGAGAUGAUCCCCUUUGAAGCCCUCACACUGGGCACCGGGCAGACGUUUUGUGUAGUGGUGGUCUCUUUUUUACGGGUUUUAGCUACUCUAUAGCAUAUGAGUGACAUCACUGUGAUGUCACCCCUGCGUUUUAUAGACUCGUCAAAAGGAAUAGACAGUGUCAUGGUUUCUUCAUUCUUCAAAUGGAAGCAGCUUGGAGGCACGAGAAGGUGAGGAACACCACAACCCAUUCUUCCAUGUGACGCUCCAGCAGGCGAAGACCCUUGUGGACCCCUGUGCUCAGCCGAAACAAGCUCUUUGGCUUUCUUCUCUUGUGGCAGUUUAAGAAGUUUUACUCACAUCUUCCACCUAUGCCAACAAUGCCUCGAAGUUUGCAUCCUCCGAGCGAGAAUUUGCAUCAUCAUUUGCAACCGUGCAACAUUGCCAUUUCACAGAAACAGUGGUGAAUGCUGCUUGAUUUCAAGGGAGCAGGCUGCACUGUACUAAAAGCUUUCGUGGUGACAAUAAAGGCAAGUUGGUUUGGGCUGAGUGUCACUCUGAGGACAAGCUGGUGGAAUAUACAGGAAGAACUGAAGUAUAAUUCAAAGAACAGCUUUGGUUCCACUGUAAAAAGUAGGUGACCACUGAGAAUGAGACAUUUUAUGGGUAACUGUCUUGACCUCUGAUUAUUUGAUAUAUUUUAAGAGAUGUGAAUUUAUCAUUUGACCAAAGUAAGCUAGCUAAUGGAGGGUUUUUUGGUGGUUUUGUUUUGUUUUUUUAAGACAUGAGGUUUUGCUUUGUUGCCCAGGCUGGCCCAAACUCCUGGGCUUAAGCAAUCCCCCUGCCUCAGCCUCCUGAGUAGCUGGGAUUAUAGGCACCACUGUCACGCCUAAUCAAGGCUCUUUUUCCAAAGAAUCUCCAUGAACCCUUGCUCAUCACUUUUAACGCCAUCUAUUCUGUUUACCUUCUCUGGAAACACAGACUUUCUUACGAGGCUGGAGCUGAACUUCAAAACCAGAUAGGUUAGGACACUCUUUGGACAUUCAGUCACAGAUAAGACACUUGCAGGAUUCUGUGACAAGUUUUCGUCGUAGUUUUAGUUUCUUUGACAGCUCCGCACUUGUCGAGUGUUCCCGUGAGGAGUUAGUGGUGGUUUCCCUCUCACUGUGUUAACUUAGCCGCGAUCCUCCGCCCACCCCUGCAGUAUUUGACCAUCCACUUCCAGAAAGUGCCUAAAACUUCCUCUCCAGAUAUAGCCCCUCUGUCCUUUGUAUUUUUGUUGAAGAGAAUUUAUAUCCCUAAAGUGAAAUCGUAGUGUCUAACUUAAUUUUAGCUAUUUUAAUUUUUAACUCUACUGCCUAAUUUUGUUCUUCCCAAAAAAAGCCUGCAGACUGUGGACUGUGACCUUCAGAAGGGAAAGGGGUGCAAAUAUUGAGCACUUUUCAUCAUUUCAACGGUUUUGUACAAAAUGCAAUGUUCUUGUUAACCUGUUUUCAAAGUGGCUUCAGAUAAUUAACUUUGACAUUUUUAAAGGAGAGUUAUCAUUGUGAGAUUAGGGCUCACAACCUAUCAGGACAUAAAUUUAUCUUAAAGCAAUAUGCCCUCAGCUUCUGGUUAAAAAAUAACCAGGAGGGGCCCAGCAAAUGGUUCAGCAAGUAAGGCAAGUCUCAGGGCCCACAUGGUGGAAGGAAAGAACCAACUCCUGCGGGUUGUCUCUGGCCUCCACCUGCUGCUCACAUGCCCAUGUAAAUAAAUAAUUGUCAUUUUAAAAGUUUUAAAUAGCCAAGAGGACCUCUGUGGGAGCACGUGCAGCCAUGCGCACAUACCCCCUGUCACCCACAUGCACAAGGUUUUACAUUUUGAUAAAAUAGCCAAGAGGAUCAAUUUUCCCAGUAAAUUGCAGGGAUGGUCACAAAAAUAAUGGAUUCUUUCUUUUUUGACACCCCCCCACACACACACACACACACUUGUCAAAACUGUAGUGACUGAUAAGAUUUGGUGGGCAGUCAGAGUGCAGAUACUUGGCCCUUCCUAUUCCCCAGCAAAAAGAGCAGGUCUUUCUUCCAACGAGCGAUUUUGGAAAUCAGCCCUUCAUUUGGAGAAACUUGAAUAUUGUACCCUGCAUUCUGGAAAAUGAUAGUGUUGUCAAUGGAAGGGUGCCUCUUACAAGAGCGCUUACUAAACAUUCUUUGGGAUAUAAUUUUCCACAUAAGCACAGAAGUGAAGAGGUGGUUGGCUGUGCCCCCUAAAUAAUGACUUUAUUGGACCCUGAUUCCUGCAUUUAUAUUUCCACUUCUCACCCCCUCUUUUUAAAUUCUGAGAUAGGUAGGCAACCUCCAACCAAAAAACUGAUUUCUUAGUGGAAUUUUGGGGUAACAAUUAAGUUUGUGUGCAAAAGUGAAACAACAAUUAUAUAAGCAAGCUGUAUCUCUGGACUGCAUCCUUUGUAUCAAGAUACUAUGUAGAAAAUGCUGGGACUAGUGAGAAGUCCUUCAUGAAAAUAAUGGCGUCCAUCCUGUGUCCUCUGGGUUUUUAAGCUGUAUGUUGGCUUUUGAUUCCAAUGUCCUUUCUGACUUCCCUGGUUUUUGUUAAGUUCUUGUGACACUGCAGGAAAUGCCAACUUCCCUAAGGAACUGUUUCCCAGAAUGUGAAGCCUCCGUGCCAUUAAUGGUCCACAUGCAGAAGGUUUUGUGAACUUGUAUUUCUUUCUGGUGUACUGCGUAAGGCUGGUUAGGACCAAAAUCAGCUUAACUUUAUAUGUUAGGUAAUUGCAUUUAACUGCUAUAGUCAAAAUGAUCAAAUCUUUGUACAUUAGAAAUUUAUUUAAAUAUUAUUUUUCUACUGAUAUUUCUAAUGCUAGUAUAAAUGUUCAUUAUCAAUAAAGAAUCACUUUAAAUUUUUUUAGUUGGGAUAGCAUUUUUUGUUUGUUUGUUUUUAGCUUUUAUUUGAGGCAAUGUCUUACGCAUCCUUGGCUAGCCUUCAGCCUUCACGAAGCCCAGGCUGACCUUGAACUUGUGGCAGUCUUCCUGUCUCUGCCUCCCAGGUGCUGGGAUUACAAGCACAGCACCUCACUCAGCUCUGGAGUUGCUCGCCUUCCUUCCUUCCUUCCUUCCUUCCUUCCUUCCUUCCUUCCUUCCUUCCUUCUUUCUUUCUUUCUUUCUCUUUUUCUUUUUUCUCUAAAAAUUUAUUUUUGGACAGGGCCUCACUAUGCAGCCAUGGAUGGCCUGAAACUUCUUUAAGGCUAUGCUGGAACUCAGAUGUGCUGGCUCCAGCUUCCCAGGUGCCAGGAUUAAAGCAUGGGCUACCAUGCCUGGACUGUCCUCCCAACCAUGCUCAUUUAUUUAUUGGUGGGAGCAAGCGCAUGUGCUUGUCAUGGCAUAUAAGUAGAGGUCAGAGGACAGCUUUCAGGAAUCAGUUCUCUCCUUCAUCCACGUGGGUCUGUGAGAUCAAACUUCAGUCAGGCUUGGUAACAGACAUUUUUAACCACUAAGCCAUCUUGCCAGCCCCUGUAGUUACAUUUCUAUUGUAAUCUUUUAUAAUAAACCUAUAUGUUUAAUUGUA